UUGACUACAAAUUUGCUCAAUGGCAUGCUUGAUCCCUGGCCCUCUCAGGAUGAAGUAAAAAUAUCCUUUUGCCUUUUUUUUUUUUUUUUUUUUUUUUUUUUAAACAACUUUUGCCCCUGAAGAAGUCUCAGAAGAUAAAACUUUCAUGUACGGCAUUGGAUGAAAUAUGGAUCUUGGCAAACUGCAUCUGGUGAUGGUUUUGGCUUUUUGUUUGUCAAUUUGUGGCAAUUUACCUUGGCGAACUGGCGCCCCUGGCCGAGAUGGCGCUCGUGGAGGCACACUGGGGGCCUUCGGAGACAGCGGCGGACUUGCUGUAGGAGGAGAAACUCGUGGGGGAGGGGGACCUGGAGGAGGUGGAACUUGGAGAAUUGCUGGUGCUUGUGGUGGAGGUGGAGGGGGAGAAGUUGGCGGAAAGGGUGCCGGAGGCGGUGGUGAAGGUGGAGGGGGAGAUUUCAAGGGCAGUUCAGGUGGCAAGGGUGCAGAAGGUGGUUCUGGUGUCGGAGGAGCAGGGGGAGGGGGUGAUGGUUUGGGAGGUGGUGGAGAUGGAGGGGGAGAUGGAGGGGGAGAUGGAGGAGGAGAUGGAGGGGGAGAAGGAGGGGGUGAUUUUGGUGGCGGAGACGAUAGGGAUCUUGGAGGUGGGGAGGGAGGGGGCGAUAAUUGGGGAGGAGGGGGCGACAAUCGAGGAGGAGGGGGCGACAAUCGAGGAGGAGGAGGUGAUGCUUGGGGCGGUGGGGGAGGGCUGAUUUGAGGGAUAACUGGAGUGGAAGACGAAGGCGGUACACAUAUGCCAGACUCACGGUCACAUGUCAAAGGGGGAGAGCAUGAAGUUGGAUCGCACUGAACCUGCACAAAGGAAAGCCCCCAAAAUGUAUGCAAGCAUUAGUUCAUCACAGCCCUGUCUGUUUUUUUUUUUUUUUUUUUUUUUUUUUAAGGGAUAAUUUGCGAAAUACCCCUAUAAGUUGAGAUAUAUGCCAGAAUGCCCCUAAAAG